AAUUUAAGGGUGAUUUUGUGUAGUUUUGUUGUUAUUUCGUUAAAUAUUUCGUAAUAUUUUAGGUUGGUAUUAUUGUAAAGCUGCACGUGGGCCUUGGCCAAUAGACAUUUUGUUAAAUUUAGGUAACAUAUAACAUGGCGGCUUUAGCUUCUUAACGGAUUCGUAAACGACACAGGACAUUUUAUUUUAAGACCAUGGCCGAAUAUACCGGUUUCUUUGCUUAUUAAUUAAUUAAGUGACGUUUCAUAUAUUAAAUAUACAUUGAUUUCAUCUACUACGUGACAGUUCAAGAGUGAUUUAUUGAUUUUUCGAAAAUACCUUUUAUAUUGUCAAAAUUAGUGGACCAAACGUGUUUAACUCAGUUUUAGAUCUAAGUUAUUGAAAGAUUUUCCCGUUGUCGGCCAUAUUGGUACUACGAUGUUUCGGCUACGUUUCCACUGACCAUAGUACCAUAGAAAACCAGCACCUACUUGUUUUGAGAAAAUGGACAAUGCAUUGAAAAACUUCCUAAAAACCACAGGAUGGAGUCCGGAAGAUUUGCUUCAAAAACUAGCGCAGUACAAGUCUAACGAAACUCAAAAUAUCGAAGAAACUGCAAAUAAAACGGAACAAGUCGAAGAGAAAACCGAAACUUCGGAAGAAAGCACCUCGCCGAUUGAAGAAGAAGAAAAUGCACAAGAAGCAGACGGGAACGAUGACGAUGAUGAUGAGUAUGAGGAGGACGUUUCGAAUUGUUCGAGUAACAGUAGCGGCGUUUUUACCUCGGAUUUAAAUGAAAAUAAUAGUGAAGAAAAUUUGGAAAGUAACGCGAUAGAGAGUGAAGAAAAUUCGGAUAAUGAAGAAAAUAAUGUAGAUAAUUUGGAAGAUAAAUUUGAAGAAGAAAAUACUACUGAUGAAAGUGAAGAAAAGAAAGUUUCUUCAAAUAAUAGCGAUGUAAAUGAAGAAAUUAAUGUUGUGGCCAUAAAUAACUCAAAGAAAUUUUUUUAUAAAAAUCAAGAAGAAGAAAAUGCCACCGAUAGUGAAGAAAAAGAAGAUAUUUCAAAUAAUGUCUAUACAAAUAAGAAUAUUUUAAAUGAUAGUGUAAAUAUAAAAGAUAUUUCAAACGGCGAAGAAACUGAUAGUAGAUUUAAGGAAAAUUCUUUAAAUAAUGAAGAAAACAAAAAAAAGUUUAAUGACACUCAUAAUGAAGAUAUUGCAAAUAAUGAAAAAAAUUACAGUGGCAAAAAUAAAUACAAUGAAGAAAAAAUUGAAGAUAUUUCAUGUGACAGUGAAAAUAAAGAAGACUCAUUUAAUGAAGAUGAACCCAUAGAAGACACGCGUCACGACAAAUUCUUCGAUAGCGAUGAAAAAGAAGAAGAAAUCGAAGAAACAACGACGGAAUCGAUUGAAGAUAUUCGUAACAAUUUGAAAUUGCAGCUGAGCUCCUUGCGUAACCGAAAAAAACAGCACGUCAUACAAGAAGUGACGACGAAAAUUGUGGAAGCCAACAAAAUCGAAGAAAAAAAAUUAAUUGAACCGCCGCCGAUAAUCGAAGAAAAAGAGGAAGAUCUUAUAUCCCAAACAAACGAGUUGGGAUUGGUGAUAUUAAACGUCGAAGGUGGCGUGGAUUUCGAUGAAACCGCGACUAAAGAACGUUUCGAAUUUGAGGAAGAUUUAUCUGAAGACGAUGAAGAUGAAGAAGAAAAAUCGGAGACGAGCGUUUUUGCGGAAAUUCGUAAAAUAAUUGGCAAACCGAGAAAUAAGUCGAAAUUAAAAAUGCCCAGCACGAAUUUUGUAAAGCCAAUGGCAACUCCGGUGGCUACGGUUAACGUAUCGAGCAUUAAAAAAAUACAGGAGCAAUCUACCGAACAAUCGCCUUUCGUGAGUGACGAGUUGGAUAAAUUUUUGACAGCAGGUUCGAACUUAAAUAUCAGUUACAACGUGCCAAAGUCUGGAGCGGAAGAGGGCUUAAUCGAUCAAUAUAGAGCCGAAAGUCCGAUACAAGAAAAAAGCAACGAAAGUACCGACAUAAAAUUAAAGGAAACCAAAAAGGAAGAAGAAGAUAUUUUACAAAUGCCAAAAAUAAAAGCCAAAACUUUGGCCGAAAAGAGGAAAUUGUUGGAAAAACAUCUAAAAAAAGAUGUGUUAUUACGGAAGUCUCUGGAGAUGAUUCCUUCAAAGGAAGAACCACCUCUAUUAAAAAAAGCCCGCGAAGAAAUACUUCUCGACGACGAUAUAACCAUAAACAGUUUACUGAGUAAAAGUUUCGAGAAAAAAGAAAAGAGAAGCAUACCGCCGAAACAAAAAAAAUACUACCAUCAAAACUUGAAGAUGAAGGCGGAAUCCAUGUACCAAACAAUCACCCCCGCAGUAACUUCAAAGCCAAAAAUCCAACCGGGCUUUCUUCAGUCCAAAGAACGCAGCCUUUUAAAGCCCAUAAUAAGAAGAAAAGCCAUUAUGUACAACGGAGAAAAAGUGUAUGUGGCAAGCGAGUCGGGAAAACUAAUAUGCAACAUAAAGGAUUCCAUUGCCAUAAAAGCAGCUAAAAGAAAAAAAUUGGAGGAACAAAUUAAAUUGGAGGAAAAGAUCAAACUAAAAGAAAAAAUCAAAUUGGACGAAAAACCCGAACUUAACAAAAAAAUGUCGCUGUGGUACAACAAAAAGCAAAAAAUCCACUACAAACCAGGCCCGCUUUCCAAAAAAAUGAAGCUGGAAAUAAACCCAUGCAACGAUUUUAAAACAGACAUAAAAAAAUUGCCCAGGCCCAUUUUGGAGGUGGUGCCAUCUUACGGCAGACCUAUGGACCCGAAAAUAAUCCAUCUACUACCAAAAAGUGACGGUAAGAUCACUGAUUUCCAAAUCGAAUUCGCUUUGGCCGCGUUAAAACCACAAAAAAAAGAAGCAAUGACUAUUUUUGGAAUACAAGUGCCAUAUGAGCAUAAGGAAAGAAAUAUUUUGGUAAAAAUUAAAAAGCAACCUAAAAAAGAAAUCAAAUUGGAAGAGUUAAAAGAGGAUGAGAAAAGAAACAACAUAGAAUCAAUAAUAGACGAUUUAAUCACAUACGUGGAGACAAAAGAAAUCGAAGGUAGCCUUUACAAAGUCGAAGAGAAAGAAGAAUCCGAUAUAAAUCAAGAACAUCUGGAAGCAGAAAAAGAAUUAUCGCCUCUCAUACACAAAAGGCAAAGAAAAAGCAAAGUGGCCUGGGAAUUACAACGAUUAUCGUGCAAAGUCGUCAACGUCAAGGAAAACAACAUCGAUAUCGUUUGCUACAAAUCGCACUGCAAUCUUGGUUGCCUAUGCAACAGUCUGAACUCCGAUCGCUACAUAGCCACGCACUGCAAGAAGGAAGAAUGCAUGUUUGAGUGCACGUGUCCCAAAAAAGAACUCCCCAAUUAUGGCGACGAAAAAAUAUUCUCCUCUGGAGGGAUUCUCUCCAACGAUACGGUACAUCAAAUCGACGAAACGGCCAAGAAAGAUUUGGCCAAGGUGGAGAAGGAAUUCACGCAUACUGUAAUUUGUACGGAUAAUAAAGCCAUAGUGCUAGGAGCUGGGGAUCGUAAACUAAAAAGGCUGACCAAAGCGCCCAAAAAGUAUGAAGAUUAUAUCGAGAGCACCUUCAUUGAAGAAACGGAAGAUAACCCACCGAGUGUAGGUGUUUCUUACGAUUUUCCGCCGUGUUUUUUACAAUUGCAAAAACUGAAUUUAUCUGGAGUUGUGCCCUUUUGCAUGGAUCACUCUCGCUACAAAUGCGACUGUAUUUAUGUCAGUUCAUCCGAAUGUAAAUUAAUUAGAAUACAAAAAGCGUUAAAAGUUAAAGAUUUCGAUUGUGCUCGCUUCAGAACCGCUUAUCAUUACGUGAAAAGGAACAAAAAUAAAAAUUACAACAGGUUCUUAAUGUCUUUGUUAAAGGAAAAGGAAAAAUUAAUCGCUGACGACGAUUAUUACGUAAAUAUUUACAGCACCGAAUUCCCGAAACCUCUCAUAACAGACGCUGAAAUCCUUAAGGAAGCUUUGGAGGGCCUUAAAAGCAACAUUCUUAAAAUCCACCACGCCAAAGCCAACAACAACGUUUUUAUCGAAUCCCCCCGAGCCACCAAAAGAAAACAGAGCUUUUCGCAGAUUUUUACCGAUGAACACGACAAAGCAAUACAGCGUAGGAAAAAAAUACGGCCUGUGUUACCGACCCCUGAGCCGAUUUUCGACGGGGAAGUGUUAGUUAACGACAAAAAUUCCGAGCUAUUGAAACACUUGGAGGCAUCGCAAAUCGGUUUUGCCAGAUUGUUGCCUUGGAAGGCAUUGCAAGAUAGCUUCAUCAAAGGCAAAGUUAAACUAUGGACUCAAGCCAGUAAAAUGCGUAAGUUGUAUAUAAAUACGUUCGAUAAAGUUAUACCAGACGGUUGCUUUGAUAUUAGAAUAUACACCCCGGAUAUAGACGUGUGUAGGUGGUUGUUAACCAACAAAUUACCGGAGAAGUAUCACCCGGAAAAUAUAUCGUUUAUUCUACGCGAGACAAAGUGUGGGAAUUUUGAGGUGUGCGGUAUUUGUAAUAGACACGUUGAAGGACUAAAACCUGAUGUGGAAACUGUUGAAGAUGAUGUUUACGAUGAAGAUUUGGUAACGACUUUAUCGCACAAAGAUAAAGAUAAUGCGCUUAGAGUGCUAUUGGAAAAAACCCUAGACUGUGAGAGGCAAAAUUUGCUGUGUGAAAAUCAAGUGGUUUCAAAACUGUACCUAGUACAGGCCAAAAUACCGGAUAUAUCCAUAAAUUUCCGCUGGCGCAUGCUGACCUUAAAAAGCGACUUCACCUACCUCCACUUUAAAAACAAUGAGUAUUCUAUUAAAUAUACAAUCCUAUCGAAAACGCUGGAGAGAGCCAUAGAGAAACAACAAACCAUAGUGUUAAAAUCAUCGUUGCUAUGCAAAGGCUACCAUCACCGCGACUUUGGCAUUUAUUUCCCCCCCGAUGCAACCAACAACAUCUUCAUAGGGCCCUACAUGUUCUAUGAGGACCACAAAUUGGAAACUCUACGCUACAUAAGCCAAUGCCUAGUCGAUACAGAAUCAUACAACAAAAUACAAGGCAAUAAGUUAGACGCGCCCAACUCCCAUUGGGUGCACCACAAUUCGAGCAAAGUCAGGACGAAAUACCCCACGAUCACCAAACCGAUAAUCGCCCCCGAAGAUCCGGCGCCCGUGGUGGAUCUCACGUCGGAUACCGAGGACGAACCAAAUACGUCCCAAAUAUCGACCAUCGAUAAAGUUGUUGUUUUAGAGGGUGUACCGAAACAACCCGAAGAAUUCAACAGAUACAUCAUUUCGAACAUCCCCAAUUUUGGUUAUGUUGGAGCCUACUUGCACGAAAGUACCGGGCAAAUAGACGUUUCGUGGCCCUUUGAGAAAAAGAUUUUAAGGUUCAAUAACAACGAUCAAGCUGUGUCAUUUUUGGAAACACGGUUUUCGCAUUUAUUAAUAACCAUACCGUCCGAUUUUAACAUCACAAUGACCAUAGUUGAAGAGUUGGAUCUACAAUUUCACAAAGCCAUGGACCCAAGGUGUCUUAUUGGACAUUAUAUCUGUGGUAGAUUCGGAGCAUACGAUGCCAAAAAAAUAACGGAAGAAGAAGCAAUGACGCUAUGUGGCGUAUCUAGAAAUUACAUUUACCAAAUGUUAAAAAAACGAGCAAAUCAACUCGUUAUUGCUAACAUGCAGGCAUUUGCAAAAUCACUGAAUUUAUUCGAAGGCGAACUAAAGUCUGCUGAUGUCACAAUUGUUUUAGAGAGGGCUUGUGAUACGAUAAGAAGACUGCGAAAAGAGGAAGUCGAACUCUUAAGAAAUAAAUUAGUUCUGGAAAAUCGAAAAAGGGUUUUAAACGAACGUGCACAAGGGUUAAUCUACGAAACCAAUAAUGUUAAGAAAACAGAUGUGAUAGAAGAAGGAAGCAUUAGAAGAUCAACAGUAAGAAAGAAAUCCAGAUCAGAAAUUCCAAAAACGGGCGGUUUUACAAUAAGCACAGAUGAGGUUCGUCAAAAAUCCGCCAAACAACUGCAAUCGACUCAAAAUAUGAAGUCGAUUUUAAAAACGUGCCAACCACCCUUUCCUUACAAGGCGCAAACAAAAAAUACCCAGCCGAAAAUACUUUCUGGCGUUAAAAUCGUUAAAUCGGCCGAUGGGAAGUUGUUUUUGGUUUCGAAAAAUAAAAAUACCCCCAUCAAAAAUGAUACUAUAACAUAAUAUGCUAUAUUAUAUGUAUGUAAUACAUAUGUAUGGAGUGUUGAAAUGAAUUUAUUAAUUUAUGGAGAACAACUACGUUUAGUUCAGUCCAUCCAUUAUUUUUUCUUUAAGAAUUGUGAUAUUUUAUUUAAUUAAUAUAAUUAAUUUAAAGCCAAUUGUUGUGAUUAAGAAUAAAAUAUGUUUAAAUGAA